UGCGGAUUUGCUAAUGGAUUAUAAUGUACGUUGCGUGUAUAUAUACCUUCACGGAGCAACGGUAAAAGCGAUUUGCCAGUAAACUGCGGAAGAGAUACUUCGUCGGACGUCUGAUUUUCUUUUUUUGGCUGUUUAAACAUAACUUUGCAUAAUGUCAAAAAAGAUUAUUUGCUUGUUUGACGUCGACGGCACACUCACUGAACCACGACAGCCAAUUAGUCCCAAUAUAGAAAAGUACCUUUUGGAAACAGUGAAAAAAGAAUUUGAUAUUGCGGUAGUUGGGGGAUCUGAUUUGUGCAAAAUUAAAGAGCAACUAGGUGGUGAGAAUCUGUUUGAAAAGUACAAGUAUGUUUUUGCAGAGAAUGGCCUUAUCGCUUUUAAGGAUGGCAAGGCUUUGCCGUCACAAUCAAUUCAGGAUAUGCUCGGAGAGGAUAUGCUACAAGACUUCCUGAAUUUUGUAUUGCAUUACAUAUCAGAAUUGAAAUUACCAUUCAAACGUGGAACUUUUGUAGAGUUCCGCACAGGCAUGUUGAAUAUUUCGCCAGUAGGACGAAAUUGCAGCAAGAAGGAGCGCGAAAUGUUUAACGAAUACGAUAAUGAAAAUCACAUUCGCAAAAAAUUUAUACAGACUCUUAAGAAAGAGUUUCCUGAUUUGGCACUGACUUACAGUAUUGGGGGACAAAUUUCUUUCGACGUAUUCCCGUUUGGUUGGGACAAGACAUAUUGCUUGCGUCAUAUUCAAGGCUACGAUGAGAUACAUUUCUUUGGCGAUAAAACGGCCGAAGGUGGUAACGAUUAUGAAAUUUAUGAGAGCGAUUUGACGAUAGGACAUUGCAUCACAUGUCCCAAAGACACGAUCAACCAACUCAACGUCCUUUUGGCGCUCGUGAAAGAAAGUAGAGAAAAGGAGCAACUUAGUGUGCCGAUGCAAUGUGUCUAAUGUAACUGUGGCCUAAACUCGAAGUAUGUUUCUAAGUCGAGAUGUAGAAUGAUACUUUCACUACGGUAUACAAUGACGCAGAUGCAAUUCGUUCUUACGCGUAAAAUUUUCUUUAUACUUCAUCCAUACUGAUUCUAUUGCAUUCCUGAUAAUAAGAAUGCUAUUUAUAAGUAUGCAACAUCUUUAAAUGAUUUUUUUGAAAAUUCUAUACGGAAUGUGUUUCCACACGUAUUUAAGGAUGCGUGUAUACUCUUUAUAUUUAUAUAUGGUUUAUUCGUUAUAGUUUAAUGUGCAAAGGUUAUGAAUGUUGAAUAAAAACGUUUAUCAGUA